GGAAGCCCUUUCGCUGCUAUGCAGUUCCUCUCAGCAUUCAUUCGUUGAGGUGGUGAGACGAGCUGCUGUGUGCUCCGACUACUGAUUUACCCUGUGCUCAGGCAUAUUUUCUGUUUUCUCUGGGACUACGCUUUUUUUUCCUCUUUUCUUUUUUAAGGAUUUGGUCCACAUAAGGUUUUUUUUUUUUUAAGGCAUCAUGUUUAAAAAAAAAGACUGAGUUGAUCAUGGAAUAACUGGGAGAAGAAACCGGUUGGUCUGAAAGAGGAAAGAUGGUGUUUUAACCUGUUCAUGGAGCAGAAUGCAAAUGUAAAUCUCUACACCGGGACUGGAAAGGUGUGCGACCGAGGACUGAGGACUUUAUCCUCCAACAUCUGCCUUGAGCGUCUUCUUAUGACCGCCUCAUAAGCUGUUAAGACUACUGCGACCGAACAGCUACUACUGAAUCGUUCAUUGGUCAGGUAAAGAAAUGGGGAACAGCUUUUCCAACAUAUCCGCCUUCCAGUCACUCCACAUUGUGAUGUUGGGGCUGGACUCGGCCGGCAAGACGACCGUCCUCUACAGGCUUAAGUUUAAUGAGUUUGUGAACACCGUGCCCACGAUCGGUUUCAACACCGAGAAGAUCAAGCUGAGCAACGGUGCAGCGAAGGGCAUCAGCUGCCAUUUCUGGGAUGUGGGCGGCCAAGAGAAGCUGCGUCCGCUUUGGAAGUCGUACAGCCGCUGCACUGAUGGGAUCAUCUACGUGGUGGAUUCGGUGGACGUAGACCGACUUGAGGAGGCUAAGACCGAGUUGCACAAAGUGACCAAAUUCGCAGAGAACCAAGGAACUCCACUGCUGGUCAUCGCCAAUAAGCAGGACCUGCCCAGGUCCCUGCCAGUGGCGGAUAUAGAGAAGCAGCUGGCACUCAACGAGUUGACUCCGUCCACAGCGUACCACGUCCAGCCCGCUUGCGCAAUCAUCGGAGAAGGGCUCCACGAAGGCAUGGACAAGCUGUAUGAGAUGAUCGUGAAGCGGCGAAAAGCCCUAAAGCAGAAGAAGAAGCGAUAACCGAUAAAUGUUUGCUUCAAGGAUCCUUUUUACCCCUUCUCAUUCAUGCCUUCCUGCAAGCCCGGGGCCCAUCGUCAUGUGCCAACGCAAUGAUGCAUCGCUUGGAUUAUGGAUUGUUUUGGGCAGUUUGUUUGCUCAGAGUUGGAUUUCUGUUGAACUUUGUCAGACACUGUAUGGCUUGCUGGGUGGUUUCGAACCACGGUGAACUUACAGAAAAAAAAACUUGAAUUGUUACAAUAAAAAAAAGGGGCUGGUUCCCUUUCUUUGCUGCUGUUAAUUACUGUGCAAGUAGCCUUGUCGUCAUACUGAAGGAUCUCUCUUCUACUUUAGCACUGUGAAGAAUUACGAACGCUGCCGUUAAUUUCAUUUCGGGUUUUUUUCUCAGCUCGAUUUUUCUCUCCGACGACCGGCCCGAAGCGUUACUGUGCGUAUCACGAGGAACUCCAUUCGGUUCUGUCCUGUUUCCUCUGCAGGUUGACCUGUUUAGGCCUGAAAUGAGGAGAUAACGUUCGGUACUCAUGGACUCUGCAUACACGUGCAGGCUUAUGAAGAAUCUAGAGAACAUGACGUGUGGUGGACGGUGCUUACCAUUCACGCGCUUGCAACCUCGGUCCACCACUUAGCACUUUUCCUUACCAAAACCAGUAGAGUUCGACACUGUAUUGCAAAACUCCAGAUUAUUGUAUUACAUGGUCAAAAGAUGAAUUCUGAAUUAUUUUUCAAUUAAAAUAUAUUGAGAAAAUG